CGCGGGGCCACCCCCCUGCCUUUGUGCUCCAGGGUUUGCCUUCCCUGACUGGGCCUACAAGCCGGAGUCGUCCCCGGGCUCUCGGCAGAUCCAGCUGUGGCACUUUAUCCUGGAGCUGCUGCGGAAGGAGGAGUAUCAGGGAGUCAUCGCCUGGCAGGGGGACUACGGCGAGUUCGUCAUCAAGGACCCCGACGAGGUGGCCCGCCUCUGGGGGGUCCGCAAGUGCAAGCCCCAGAUGAAUUAUGACAAGCUGAGCCGGGCCCUGCGCUAUUAUUACAACAAACGGAUUCUGCACAAGACCAAGGGGAAGCGUUUCACCUACAAGUUCAACUUCAACAAGCUGGUGCUGGUUAAUUACCCCUUCAUCGACAUGGGGCUGGCUGGGGGUGCCGUGCCCCAGAGCGCCCCGCCAGUGCCAUCGGGCGGCAGCCACUUCCGCUUCCCUCCCUCGACGCCCUCUGAGGUGCUGUCCCCCACUGAGGACCCCCGUUCACCACCUGCCUGCUCUUCGUCCUCCUCUUCUCUCUUCUCGGCUGUGGUUGCCCGCCGCCUGGGCCGGGGCUCCGUCAGUGACUGUAGCGAUGGCACCUCGGAGCUGGAGGAGCCGCUGGGAGAGGACCCCCGGGCCCGGCCCCCCGGCCCUCCGGAGCUGGGUGCUUUCCGAGGCCCCCCGCUGGCCCGCCUUCCCCAUGACCCUGGUGUCUUCCGGGUCUACCCCCGGCCCCGGGGGGCCCCCGAGCCUCUAAGCCCCUUUCCUGUGUCGCCCCUGGCUGGGCCCGGCUCCCUGCUGCCCCCUCAGCUCUCCCCGGCUCUGCCCAUGACGCCCACCCACCUGGCCUACACGCCCUCACCCACCCUGAGCCCCAUGUACCCUGGUGGUGGCGGGGGCCCUAGCGGCUCUGGGGGAGGAGGCUCUCACUUCUCCUUCAGCCCCGAGGACAUGAAACGGUACCUGCAGGCCCACACCCAAAGUGUCUACAACUACCACCUCAGCCCUCGCGCCUUCCUGCACUACCCCGGCCUGGUGGUGCCCCAGCCCCAACGCCCCGACAAGUGCCCACUGCCGCCCCUGGCACCUGAGACCCCGCCGGUUCCCUCCUCGGCUUCCUCCUCCUCCUCUUCCUCUUCUUCCUCCCCCUUCAAGUUCAAGCUCCAGCCGCCCCCGCUUGGACGCCGGCAGCGUGCAGCUGGGGAGAAGGCUCCGGUGGGCCCUGACCAGAGCGGCAGUGGGCCUGGCCGGUUGGGUGAGGGGUCAGGGACCUUGGCUCCACCCCCGCCGCCCCAGAUCAAGGUGGAGCCCAUCUCAGAAGGGGAGUCAGAGGAGGUGGAGGUGACUGACAUCAGUGACGAGGAUGAGGAAGAUGGAGAGGUGUUCAAGACCCCCCGUGCCCCGCCUGCGCCCCCCAAGCCUGAGCCCGGCGAGGCGCCCGGGCCAACCCAGUGCAUGCCUCUUAAGCUGCGCUUUAAGCGGCGCUGGAGCGAGGACUGUCGCCUGGAAGGGGGUGGGGGCACCGCCGGGGGCCUGGAGGAUGAGGGUGAGGACAAGAAGGUGCGAGGGGAGGGGCCCGGGGAGGCCGGGGGGCCGCUCACCCCAAGAAGAGUCAGUUCUGACCUCCAGCAUGCCACAGCCCAGCUCUCGCUGGAACCCCGAGACUCCUGAGGGCUGUGGGCUGGGGACUGUCCCU